AUGAAUGUGUAUCUGUGCGUUAUAAUGAUAAAUAUAAAUAAAUGCUUUUUUUUCCUCCUUUGUCUACAAAAAAUAUGA